AUGCCUCUGAUUCGUGCUGCUGCCGAUGCAGGCUUGCCGCGCCGUCUGGCAUCCGCCUUGCUACUGGCGAACUCGCCUCAGCGCGAUGCCCCCGAAGGUAGCGGCUCGGGUCGAUCUCUGCCUGUCCCUCUGCUAAUCGUGUCGACCCUUUCGGCUAUCUUUGCGUCGUGCUUCUCCGUCUACCUCAUCUGGAAGCAACUCAAGAACUAUCGCAAGCCCACUUUGCAGCGCUAUGUCGUUCGUCUCUUGAUCAUGGUCCCCAUCUACUCGAUUGCAUCCGUCAUCUCGCUCUACUCGCUCCAACUCGCCGAUGUCAUCGACCUCAUCCGCGACCUCUACGAGGCCUUUGUCAUCUACUGUUUCUUCAACCUUCUCAUCGAGUAUCUCGGCGGAGAGCGCAGCUUGAUUGUUUUGCUCCACGGAAGGGCACCUCAGGAGCAUCUCUUCCCUGCCAACCUGUUUUUGCACGACAUGGACGCUUCUGAUCCAUAUACCUUCCUCGCGCUCAAAAGAGGAGUCCUCCAAUACGUACAAGUCAAGCCCGUCCUGGCCGUAGCCACGCUUCUCCUCAAGGCAGCCGGCAAGUACGAAGAGGGCAAAAUCUCGCUUACCGACGGCUACACAUGGAUCUCGUUCACCUACAACGUCUCGGUGUUUCUGUCGCUCUACUGCCUCGGCAUGUUCUGGAAGUGUCUCAACGACGAUCUCCAGCCCUUCCGAGUCACCUCCAAGUUCCUCUGCGUAAAGGGUAUCAUCUUUUUCUCCUUCUGGCAAGGUCUCGGUAUCUCGAUCCUCGUCGCUGCUGGCUUGAUCAAGAAGGUUGGCCCCGUCUAUGACCCAGAUUACAUCUCGAUGGCUAUUCAGGACUUUAUGAUCUGCCUCGAGAUGCCCAUCUUUGCUCUCGGUCACGCUUGGGCCUUUUCGCAUACCGACUACAUUGAUCCAUUUGCGCAUUAUGCCGCCCGCUUGCCCGUCUACUAUGCCCUGCGCGACUGCAUCGGCAUGUAUGAUGUCUUUUCCGACAGCCUUACCACUGUGCGGGGCACUGGCUACGUCUACCAGACGUUUGAGCCUAGCGAAGGUGUCAUUCACCAGCCUCUGGCUCGCGAACGUCGAUCCAAGGCAGGCUUGCGUUAUACACAAGGAGGCAAAGCAAAGUAUUGGCUGCCACAAAGAGGCACCGGUGACAUCCGCGACGCAACCAGAGGCGCACGACACCAGGGCCCACUCAAAAAGUUAAGGCGCUACAUCAACGACAAGCGCAUGCAGCUCGAGGGACAUGCUCCGCUCACUCCUCAGGAGGCCGACGACAUUGUCCACGACGAUCCCGCCAUGGCCCAGGACGAGGGUAGCUCGGAGCGAAGUCCGCUGCUUCGUCAUCCAAAGGACGCCGCUCGCAGUGUUGCGCGUCAUGCAGGCGAAAGUCUCGAUUUUUUCGCCGAGAGACAGCUCGAUUCGGACGAGGAAGCCGAAGAUCUGCGAUUUGACGACCCGGAUGAGGAGGAAGAGGAUGCCUAUCAAAAGUCCCGCACGCUUCACUUUGGCGACUAUGCGUACCCCAACAUCGACAUCAAUCGCGAAGAGGCAAGAAACACGAGGUGGCAGCAGGAUGACGAGAUUGUGCAUAGAAGACGUCGCAGGGGGACUAUCUCUAAGAAGGUUGAUUCGGCCGAAGACAAGCACAGGCAGAGUCGAGGGGAUGGGGCGUCUGGUAGCCACGCGAAGCAAGCGCAGCCGAACGGCCAUGCUGAGGGGGCGGGCAAGGGCAAGGCUAAGACUGAUGCGGUUGAGAGCAACGUAAAGACUCCCCAGAAGUCGGGCAAGGAUGGCAGCAAGCAAAACGCCAAGUCAGACGCGGACAAGCAGCGCAAGACCAAGUCUCCGUGGCUUGCAUGGGAUCGCGAUGCGGAUGACGAGCCCGAAGCCGAUCAAGGCAAGUCCAAAACCGACGAUGCCCAGCGUGACGCAGAAGCAGACGGACUCUCGGACAGCGCCAAAGGUGACGACAGCAAGGCAGAUGCAAAAGACAAGCCGAAAGAAUCCGAUCCGUACGGCGCCGUCGAUUUGGUGGUCGAAGACUACAAAGCCGAGGAACGAGAGCGACUCCUCGAACGCCGACGUGGCGAUCCAGCGCUGCGGGCAGGCAAAGGAACUCGCAUCUUCCGCAAGCAGUAUACGCCCACUGCUUCCGGCUCCUCCACGCCUACAGCCGAAAACAAAAAAUCGCCUCACCACUUCAUCGAACGCGACGGCUCCCCCUCGACACCGCUCAACCCACCGGCGUCCACGGCUGCUGCUGUCACUGUGCAGCCGAGAUCCAACGGCGCGACGGAAGAUGGGCAGACCAGCGCGGUGCAGGGCAAGAAGGUCAAGGUGGAACUGGAGGAUUCCACCGCACAUGGGAAUGCGGGAAAUUCGGGCGACAGUAAGGGGGAUGUGCUUUUGAGCCGGGAGAUCGACGUGCAGGACAACGAGCUCUUCCUUAAGGGGAGAGUGCUAUCGCCUGAACCGCGUCAUAGCCUGGAAGAGGACAACGGGCAGAAUCCCUGGGCAUGA